GAAAUGAAAAAUGAAUCAGUUGAUAGGGCCUUCUCCAUCAGGGUCUGACCCCUCACUAUAGACGCAAUAAAAGCUAUAUAGAUGGGUCAUGAUUGCUUUGACUCUUGUAUUCAGUAACUAUAUAUGAGCUUUGCCAUCUCGGUUGCAGACACCGUUGACCUGUGACCAUGUCACAAUUUCUCGUCAUAACCAUAUUGUCACAAAAACAGUCAGACAUGUGCUUAUUGCCACAAACGCGCCAGUGGAGCAGCUGCGUGGCUGUCGCGCGUGUGUCAAACAGGUGUUAUUUACCUCAAACAUCGCGGGUAUCGACCGGCACGCCGAGAAGGCCGCCUGACUCACUAUAGAGAUCUCGAUAUUAGAAAAUGCGGCAACAAGACGACUAUUGUGUCUCGUGUAAGUGCGCCACUGACUACGGACAUAACUAUGGAUCAAAUGUCCAGUUUAUUUACCAAACAAAAUACCACGAUCUUCUUACAAGUGUACGGCUUCAUCUAAAUGUAAGUGUCAGUGACAGAGAUAAGUAAGAGAACACCUCUUUGGACAGGAAAUAUUUUUGUGGCAUGAUGUGUUUAUGAAACUAUUAUCACUCCUCAAUACUGCAGCGAAAUAGUGACCAUUCCGCCUAUACUUUUUCUGCGAUUUUGUGAACGUCGGCUUGAGAGACGCGACAAUGUCUCUUAGGCAGCAAUGGCACGCCGUAUAUAUGACGGUCGCUCUCAUCAUUUUCCGGGACGGAGCUUGUGUCUAUGAUGAUUGUUACAAGGCAACUGGUGAGCCGGUAGCAUGUCAACCGGUGAUGCAAGAACUCAUCGCCACCGUCAACUUUUCCCUCAGCGUCCUACCGGAAGAUGUCACUUGUGGAAAUCCAGAGUCUCACUACAAACGACUGGGCGAAAAGAACAUUUCGCUCACGUGCAACAACUCCACGGAGUCCGGUCACAUUCCAAGCGACAUGGUUGACGGCGACGUUAACGGUACGUGGUGGCAGUCCGUCACCAUGGCAAUGACAGGCAGCACGUUAAACGCAGACGUCAGACUCUCGUUCGGCAGGCUGUACACACUGGAAGGGGGCAUCACUAUAACGUUUAACUCCGGCAGACCGGAAGUCAUGGUGAUCGAAAAGUCUGUAGAUGACGGGGUCACGUGGUCUCCGCUUCAGUAUUACGCCCGAGACUGCCGGAAGUUUCAGAACGAGGAAUUUAGCGUGGCAGUCAAACCCGACACCCCAACAGCGGUUAUCUGUGACAAUAGUCAUGUAGAACCAACAACAAAUCCGAAACCAGGUGGACAAGUUAUCUUUCCUUCACUGGAAGACCGGUUAUCGGUCCUGCCAAAUUAUCCUGCAAAUCGCAGCGUGAAAGAAUAUUAUGACAAGAUUGAGACUGCGGGUCUGAUAGAGUUCCUGAGGUUCACUGACCUUCGGUUUCGUCUGCUGGAGACAGCAAGCGAUGGCAGCAACAGCUUCGACAUGUAUUACUACGCCAUUUCUGACAUUCGUGUCAGGGCAAGAUGUUUCUGUAACCUGCAUGGAAACAUGUGCAGUUUGGACAGCUCGCACCGUCAGGUGUGUUUAUGUCAGCACAACACGGCAGGUCGACACUGUGAGAUGUGUUUACCGCUCUACAACGACAGACCUUGGCAAAGAGGCCGCUACACUCCCUUUGACAGCGGCAGUGCUAAUGAGUGCAAAAGAUGUGAAUGUAACGAGCACGCUCUCAGCUGUGUCUAUGAUCCUGGGUACGGACGAGGCAUCUGCGAAGGAUGCAUGCACAACACCAAGGGCAAGCACUGCGAACAGUGUGCCGAAGGCUACUAUCGCAACGCUUCUCUGCCCCUGAACCACGUCAACCACUGCGUAGUUUGUACAACUGAAAUCUGCACCACGGCACCCUCCUCGAUCACCGAGAGCCCAGAAGCCUUUGCUACCAACGACACAACUAAGGAGGUCAAGACAUUUUUGGACCGCCGAGCUCGUUCUGUGCAAAAUGUCACUACCGCUACUGCAGCAGACAGAAUGUUAUUCGCCGAAGGCAUCAUUGCUUCAGUCGACAGCCAAACGUUAUCGCCGUCAGAUUUCUUGGUGAUCGCAUCCACCAUGCAGCCCAAUAAGACGAUGGUGUACGACAAAAUGCCUAUCUACGUGACUGUAGGCGUGAUCGGCUUCGUCAUAGUUGUGCUGUUUGUGCUGUUCAUGGCCGUGUGCUGGCGACGCGCUAUGCGUCGCAGGAGCCGAGGUCGGAGGAAGGCGUACAAUUUAUCCGACGAAACAUCAACUACUCCGUGCAGCUGGCUGAAAAAGUUGCUGUGCUGCUCGGACACAAAUGACGUUACGCUGACACGAUGGGCCGAGCACCACACCACCCAGAUGGCAGGGGAAGACAUUUACGGUUCCGAUUCCUGUCAUCCUGUGUUUUAUAUAGAUUCAGGGGAGAGCACUGAUGUGGACACUCUGCAGCGAGGUUGUGAACCCCGUCAUCUUUCGGAGAACAGGGACAAUAAAAGAGAAUCAGACCUUGUCAAAGGACGAUUGGAUCCCAACUCGGAGCUGCAAAGAAAGGCUAAGAUGCCCAGCUUUUCAGCGCUAGACCGCGCAAGACGACAAAGGCUGAGGAAGACCGAAGCGUUUGACUAUGACGACGACGAUGGAGUUACCAACCCUGCCUUUGACGCCACGAGGGCUAACUUACCAACUGUUGCUAUCAUCACACCAUUGUCUAAAACAGAGAUUUCCCAGGAUGAGACCGACCUUAAUACUUCAGACAGUCCUGAUUUAAAACAUGGUCCAAAACAGAUAGGUCUUCACAAAAGUAAUAAGACGACAGAUUUAACACAAGAAAGUUUUGAAGCUGGUUCCAAAAAUGGCCACCUUCGGCCGUCGUACAGCGUUCCUGUAAGACCCAAAACAUUGAUCAUUCCAGAUUCGCUUAACAUUGUACACGCAACCUACCAGCCGUCCCUCCCCUUAGGUCAAGAGCUGUCUGCUCCAAUGAAUUUGGUGCCAAGGUCUUCGACAUCUCCCAAAGACACCACUCCGAGACCUGCCGAGACCGCUAGCGGCAAGCGCGCACCAAAGAAACCCAGACGGCGGAAACCGCCGUCCAACGUCAGCAACCCGUACUCUGGAAGUGACGUCACUGACGUGUCUCGCAGUUCUAGCGCAGCGUCGCUAAGAGCACAAGACCCAGGGGCUAGCGACAGUGAGUAUAGUGAUCUCUCCUUACGCGCAGGUGUCAUGCUGGCAUACGGCGCACCUGCUGCUGACAACGGUUUCCUCGCCGUACCGAACACUACUCUUCCCUUACAGGAGUUAGACUUUGCUGGACUGGACUCGUUCGACGAAAUACGAGGAUCUCUGGUCUGACUCGAACCCUGAUCGGCAAACGGUCAGGAUCAAGGG